UUUUUAAACACAUGCUUGUACAACAAUCAACAUGAAAAGUAGUAAUUAUGUUGACAAUGUCAUGCAAAAUCAUAAGAUUUCAAAAGGAUGAAAGUCUUGUAAACUCAUUUUGAAAUAUCCUUAUUUGUCAGUUAUCAUGGUUGCUCCAGUCACUUGGCUGCCACUGGCAUAAAGGUUGCUUCAGAUUGAUUGUCCCCCACUUCAAUGAAGGUUGUCCCCACUACAAUGAAGGUUGCCCCACUACAAGGUUUUCCCCACUACAAUAAAGGUAGUCUCCACUUCAAUGAAGGUUGGCCCCACUUCAAUGAAGGCUUUCUCCACUUCAAUGAAGGUUGUCCCCACUACAAUGUAGGUUGCCCCACUACAAGGUUUUCCCCACUACAAUUAAGGUUGUCCCCACUUCAAUGAAGGUUGUCCCUACUACAAUGAAGGUUGUCCCCACUACAAUAAAGGUUGUCCCCACUUCAUUGAAGGUUGUCCCCAGUACAAUGAAGGUUGUCCCAACAACAAUUAAGGUUGUCCCUACUGCAAUGAAGGUUGUCCCCAAUUCAAUGAAGGUUGUUUCCACUACAUUAUAUUGAUGGUUGAUCCCACGACAAUGAAGGUUGCCCAACUUCAAUGAAGGUUGCCCCCACGUCAAUGAAGGUUGUUCCCACUUCAAUGAAUGUUGUCCCCACUACAAUACAAUGAAGCUUAUCCCCACUUCAAUGAAGGUUGUCUCCAUUAUUAUGAAGGUUGUCCCCACUUCAAUGAAGGUUGUCCCAACUUCACUGAAGGUUGCCCCCAUGUCAAUGAAGGUUGUCCCCACUUCAAUGAAGGUUGUCCCCACUACCAUGAAGGUUGUCCCCACUACAAUGAAGGUUGUCCCCACUACAAUGAAGGUUGUCCCCACUACAAUACAAUGAAGCUUAUCCCCACUUCAAUGAAUGUUGUCCCCACUACAGUGAAGGUUGUCCCCACUACCAUGAAGGUUGUCCCCACUUCAAUGAAGGUUGUCCCCACUACAAUGAAGGUUGUCUUCAUUAUUAUGAAGGUUGUCCCCACUUCAAUGAAGGUUGUCCCCACUUCAAUGAAGGUUGUCCCAACUUCACUGAAGGUUGCCCCCAUGUCAAUGAAGAUUGUCUCCACUUCAAUGAAGGUUGUCCCCACUACCAUGAAGGUUGUCCCCACUACAAUGAAGGUUGUCCUUAAUUAUUAUUAUGAAGGUUGCUCCAGAUUAUUUGGCCCUUUACCACUUUAAAAGUUGUUUCAAUAAAACUCGACUAACAUAAUCGCGCAGUACUAACUUUGACCGUUAAUUUGAAUUUUUGACCUACCAGAUGCUCGAAAAUCAAACUGCACCGUUUUUUUUCAAACUUAUACCAUUAAAAAAAAAAAAAAAAAAAAUUGCCUUUCUGUCAGUGCAUUAUUUUAUUGUAAAGAGUCCCUCGUUCUAGCAGCGUUUUGG